AUGAGAUCGAACUGCGCCAGUCGUCAGCUAGUGCCAAGACUCGAUUGUUUUUACGUGGUCGAACCACUUGACCCUGAACCUCCAGCGCACUCAGCGCUGUUAGUGAAGAUUUUGAAAAAAAAUAUUGAAGCGUUUCGAGUGGGAAGCGAGUGCUUUGAGGAGCCAUGCAACGCCUUUAUGCUUCCGGAAGGCAACAUCGUCGUGGUCGAUACGAUCAACGGCCUGUUCUUGUUUUCGAGUCACACGGAGCUACUGAAGAUGGUGCGCAGUGACGAGUGGAAGUGGCCUCAGGGUCUAACCUACCAUGCGACUGCCCAUCGUCUACUCGUCUCUCUGUUGCGGAGAAACAGCGCCAGCAAGUGGCAGAGGGCGAUCGGCAUCUUCGACGAGAAACUGGAGUUCGUUUCGUUCAUGGACGGUCCCGAAGACGACGACGAAUGCUUGGUGUAUGACCCUAAGGCCGACUGCCUGUUGUUCUGUGUGUCUGAUAACCUCGGCUCGGCGUUCUACCGGCGCUCGAUGACCGGCAACAAAUGGCAUAUGGUGUACCACCGCCAAGGAGUGACCUACGUGUCGAUGCAGGUGCUCAUGUGUUCAGAUAUGGUCAGCGAGGUGCUGGUCAUCGAAGGCAGGUCGUCUUACCUCUACAAACUGGCCCUCACCGAUGGCCGUGCCGCGAACCGCAAGCUGUACAUCCCUGCCGAGAGACCGACUGCCAUCUGCCUGGACGAGGAGCGACAGCUUUUCGUGUUUGACGCCAUAGUAGGAAAGAUCAUGACAAUCAGCUCUGUGACGUUCGAAAAGAGACAGGAAGUUUCCCUAAGUUUGUUCUUUUUGAUGAUGUCACGAAUGCGUUUGUGUCGAAUGAAUUUCACCGGCAAUAAUCUAUCAAUCAUUAGCAAACAUAAUGCAAUACUUAGCAAAAUAAACAGCCAACGCAUUUAUAGUAAAUUAAUUAUUUAA